AUGGCUCUCCGCGUCAGUCUUGCGCGUGCCCAUGCAUCAUCCCGGGGCGGCACACGGGCACUGGAUGCAACAGAGCGAGACUCGGCCGUGGCCACCUUACUGCAAAGUGUCGAUUCUUUUGUGCCACUUGAAGACGGCAAAUCUCUCAUCAAAGCAGCAAGCGUGCUGGAGGAGUUAAGGAAAGAACUCCAGGGCAACGACUCCUCCAAGGACAUCUUUCGCCACGGACAUGGGUUCGAAGUUCUCCUCAAAGUACUUGCCCCUGGACCUUAUCUCCAUAUUGGAAGCGCUGCAAGCUAUGGACAAGUGCUACGAUCUUCUCUCCUUGUCUUGUCCGCUGCCAUCAAAGACCACCGCGGAAACAAGAAGUACUUCAAAAUCCACAAUGGUGGCUGGGCCAGAUUGCAGGAAAGGGUCACUGCCCUCGCUCUUUUGCUUCUCGACGCUCAAGGCCCAGCAUUGCUUUUGAGCUCCUUAUUCCAAGGUCUCCUUGCUUUUGCACUAGGCGAGGACUCGAUUGACAUCAACCAAGCCCGAACCCCUGAAAACAGCGUUCCAAGCGAUCCUGAUAUCCUGCAUUCUUUUUCUGGAUUCGAGGUGCUGAGUAACCCAGAGGCUUGCUCCGUGGCAAUUCGGUUGAGCUUGAAGUUCACUGCCGACGGCUGCCCUCAAGAAUUAAAGUCGACUGCACUGCUGUUUCUCCAAAUUGUCACAGCCAUUGCCGAACUCAGCCCCCGAAAUCGAGUUGCGUUGUGGAAUACCGGCAUACUGUCUGAUAUACUCCCUUGCCUACUCGAUGCCCGACCCGACUCUCAGACCGAGAACAGUCUCGGAAGGCUCUUCUCCACCCUCACUGCUCUUGGUCUCCCAAAGCUUGACGAUGUUGCGCUCCUUUUCGACCGCAGUGCAGACUCGGACCGAUCACGUAAACUCGCACUGGCCACACUUCAAGAUUCCGUAUGGCCGCCUUUCAUCCAGUUCGACUUGACACCGCACGGCUAUUCCUCGAUCGAGUUCCCAAGUCUCCCGAGAUCCUUCCCGCCCAAUGUGGGCUACACCCUGACUGCCUGGAUGCGAAUCGACAACUUUGACCGGAAUUGCCACACUACCCUGUUUGGAGCUUUCGACAGCACCCAGACUUGCUUCAUUCUGACGUACCUGGAGAAGGAUAGCCAGCAGCUGAUUCUGCAAACCUCGGUCCGCUCCUCAACGCCCAGCGUGCGGUUUAGAUCGAUGCGGUUCGAGCCGGACAGAUGGUAUCAUUUCGCGCUCGUCCACCGGAGAAAUGACUCCGACUCCAUCAACAGCACCGCCGUAUUAUUCGUGGACGGCGAGUUUGUAGAGCAAGUCAAAUGUGCGUAUCCCGAGAGUCCUCAGGAACUUGAUCCCAAGGGCGGCACAAACUCAUCCGGCGCACAAAAUGCCCGCCGAACCCACCCAGUGCAAGCCUUUUUCGGCACUCCUCACGACCUCGGUCUCCGUUAUGGGCCAAACGAAGUGAUGUCGCGGUGGUCCUUAGCAAGAGCUCACUUGCAUGCGGCUCCACUGACGGACGAGUUCGUCGCCGUUUCCCACCGCCUCAGUCCGAGAUAUGUUGGGAACUUACAGGACUGUCUCGGGCCGCUCCUCACCUACCGAGCAUCGGCAGAGCUGAACAGAUACAACGAACUCCUACAUCCCGACAAGUCGGAGAAGUCGGACAUUGUUACAGCAACCGAGAAGCGUGGAAGUGAUGUUGCACCAGAGUCUCGACUCCUUCUCAGCGUUUACCCCACUGCUGUCAUCGGGUUUGACGACGAUACCACACCCAAAAAUACCCGUGGCACUUACCAGCUCGAUCGCAAAGCCGCGGCGAGAUAUCAUCAACUCGCACAAAAAGCAAAGGCUGUUGCCAUCAACGCAUCAAUCCCAAACAUCAAUGAUGCAAUGGCUCGCUCGUAUGGAACUGGCAUCCUCACUGGUGAUCCAGUUGUGGCGGUCCCCAAAGCCCUGGACGAUGCAACCUGGCGCUUGAGCGGCAGUCUCCCAAGCCUGGUCAGACUCCUGGAACUUGCUUCAACGAAAGAAGCGUUCCUGCAGUCUGUGCAGAUCUUCUACGAAUGCGUUGUGGACAACUGGCGUAUCAGCGAAUCCAUGGAAAAGGGCAAUGGCUUUGGCAUUCUCGCUGCCAUUAUACGUCAAAAGUUGGGAUUCGAGACGCUUGCUACAGCAAGUUCCGCAAGAAAGGCUACACCCGUACUCAGCUUUGAGGAUCGACAAAGUCUACCACUCGAACUUCUCCGGCUUAUCCUCGACUUUAUGGGUUACGACAGACACAACCCGGAGGAGUCGAUGAUUGUCAACCCAAUGGCGUAUAGAAUACUCCUUGUCGACUUUGACACCUGGAGGAGAUGCGGCCGCGAGACUCAGCAGUUGUACUAUACCCAAUUCGUCCACUUUGUCUCUCGCAACAAGCACUGUACCUUCAAUCAGAAGCGCUUGGUUAGGAUGCGCGUCGUCAAAAAGCUCAUCGAAGCGAUGAAGUCGGAAGAGUUUCUACCUGAUGCAAUUUCCCCACUGAUGGAGGCACUACGAGCUCUGCUGGACAACAUUUCAGCAAGUCCGAUGUUUCGAGAGCUGGCAAUGUUUGUGGCGUACGGGCUCCAAGAGGAUCGAGCAAGCGCUCAAAAGACCAUGCGGAGUAUGGCUAGCGUUGUGAAUGUGCGGACAAAGACUGCAUCUUUGGCAAGGGCCAUUCGCGGUUCGCGGCCAUCCAUAUCCUCAGGCUCAUCAACACCACAACUCGGGGUCAGUCGUAGCGAGCUCGCCAUUCACGUGCUUGGGCUAUUGGAGAAAUAUCUCCGCGAAGAUCGAAGUGCGAUUGCGUUACGGCGAUUCAACAAGGCCGUGCCUAAUCGAUGGCUCCUCCACCUGCUCGCGGAGAACGAUGUCCGAGUGGUCAAUCUGACUGUACAGAUUCUGGCUCGGUCAUUGAUAAUCCUGGGAACCGAUUUCAAGGGUCCGUUUGUGGAGAAGAACGGGGGGUUCAUCACCUUGAAAGCUCGUUUAAAGGGCUUUUGGCGAUCAACUACAAUCUGGCUGUCUUGUCUGGCAAUCCUGUUUGGCGUUGCUCUUCCAGCCGACCAUCCAGCUGAAGACUUUACCCUCUUCUCUCUGGUGAAUGUAUUUGUCGUGGAUGACAGUCUCCAUGUGGAGCAUGCUGAAAUCCUGCCCGUGAUCAUGGCCAUGCUCGAAGCUGGCUUACGGGAUGUGGUGAAGCAGAAUGCAGCGGAUGAGGACUUUGCAAUUCUCAAGACUGUCACGCAAUUCUUGAGCGAGCUGUACAGUCGAAGCGCAAACUUCAGAGAGUUUGCGGUGAGCUCGCGCUAUAUACAGGAGAUUUUAUUUGUCCUGUAUCCCGUGUUGGUUGGAUCGGACCGAUUGUCUGCAGAAACGGAACUGCAGUCUGAAAAGGACGAGCUAUCUUUCAAGGGCGAGGCUGUCAAGAUGAGGGGACAUUCUAAUUCGGUUGGAGAGCGUCCGCCUUCGGUGCGUAGCCUCGACAUGAAUGGAAACGGUCGGACACCUUCGCCGUCUGCGCCCAUCCGGAUCCAGGUUCCCAGGAAGAUGUCCGCGUUUGUGCUUAUCAACCCCAUUCGGGAGACACCUGCUGCACCCUUGAGGCCUGCGGUGGUUCCGACGAGAGCUGAGCCGGUUGCCAUGAACCCAGGGAACUCCAUCGUGGAAUCGCUGCUUGAAGUGGUAGUCAGCAUCUUCCUCGACCUGAUCUGCAACAAGGAAAAGUUCAACGGCAUUGGCUUGUUUCAAAAGGUACCACCGGGAUUCCGUGAGCACCAGGCAUACUUUCAGUCUUACGUGAUGGUCCAUACGCUCACACAGCUGUGGAAUCAUCUACAGUUGAACCAGUCACUGCUGCUUGAGACCAGGGUGCUCACGAAUCUCACUCGAUUCUGUCAACACAUGUCCGAAGCUGUCUUCGAAGGCUGGUUCAUCGACGGGGCUCAGCCGUUCCUCGACUUUUCCGGAAAGCUCUUGGAGUAUUUGCAGCAAUCAGAAGUGGCGAUGGUCAAAAAUGUGCGCCUUUGCAGCCAGAACAUCAACAGCAUCCGGAUUGCAUUCCUCCGAGUCUGCCUGUCGCGAUUGUCGGAGCUGGACGAGUCCAUCAACGAGACCGAAGCCACUACGUUUCUCAACAAAAUGAGCUACUGGCAGACGAUCCUCUUCUCUUCUGAUAACCAGGAGACGCUCUUCAUCCGACUCAUAUGCUUCUUACUAUACAUGAAGCUGGUGUCUGAUGCACAGACGGUCCGUUUGGCCGCCGCAAGCCUUUGGCGAACAGUGCUCAUGCAGAAGCCCACGGAAUCAGCGACGCUGUUGACCUACGUCGCCGGGUCUGAACACCGUCAUCUAUCGACCGGCUUCAUGAACAUGUGCUCCACGGACGACGACGAGUUCCUCCCUUGGGUAGACGAGAAUCGUCAAGCUUUGGACACAGUCUUUAUGGAUGCAUUGAAGAAGCCCUGGGCCGAUUUCGUCGCCGAUGAAAAUCGUCGCACCGAGGAAUCGGCGCGAAGUAGAUUGGAGAAAAGAAAGGACAAGCUACGGCAAUGGCAGAUGGAAGAAUCGCAAGCAGACGAGUUCAUGCAUCGCUACGAAAUCUCGACGAACCACUGGCGGUCAAACGUACACUCGCAGGAGAGGCUGAAAUUGCAGCGAGCCCUUCAAGAUCAUCAAGAAAGCGUCAAUCAUCUGCUGACGGUCUUUUCCACCCUCGAGCAGCAAGUCACACAGCCGUGCGGAAUUCAACCCGACAAAACCAAUGGAAAAUGGCAGCUGGACGAGACGGAAGCUGUGAAUCGCAUGCGAAUGCGCACGAUUCGUGAUACGAGUGAGCAUCAAGCGUUCCAACCCAAGCAAAAGGCCAUGGAGCGACGGCUCACGGUCAACCUUGCGAUCAAUACCGACAUUGGCAAGGCCAUGGCCGAUAACAUCAUGUCGCCCGCACCGGUGACACCGCUGGUGAACGGAGAAGGCGGAUCGGGCAGGCCUCGAAGCGAGUCGCAGCAAUUACUGGAAGGCGAGUUCGAGAUUGUGGACGAUCCCCGAGAGGCCGACGACGGUAUUAUCGAGGAUAAGAACCGAAAAGUCAUGACCAGUCUCGAGCGAGGCGAUAUGGUUCAGCAGCUCCACAACAUCUCGCGGAUUGUGGGACUCGAAGCUUGCGAGGGCUUACUGGUGGUCGGGAAGAAGUGCUUGUAUCUACAAGACAACUUUUUCCAACGAUCGGAUGGCGAAAUUGUGAGUGUGUCGCAGGCUCCGGAAGACGAAAGAGACCCUUAUCUGCAGUGGAUGACGGGCAAGGAUAUUGGCUCUCGCGGUACGAAGCACAGCCUUGGAGAUCACCAAACACGACACUGGACUUGGACGGAGGUGCUCAGCAUAUCCAAGCGCCGUUUCCUCUUUCGAGAUGUCUCAAUGGAGAUCUUCUUCACCGAUGGGCGGAGCUAUCUGCUUACGUGCAUGUCGAGUAAGGUCCGCGAUGACCUCUACAACGCCAUCGCCGUUAGAGCCCCUCAAGUCCACACUUCUAUCACUGUUGCGAGUGAGGACUCAUGGCGUCUGGAUACUCUGCGAAAUCCCGAGGAGAUUCCUCAGUCGCUGGGGUCGAAGUUUGUCAACGUCUUCAACAACCUCCCCACACACACGGCGACGAAGAAAUGGGUCAAGGGCGAAAUGUCCAAUUUCCAGUACCUCAUGCUGGUGAAUACGCUUGCCGGCAGGACGUUCAACGAUCUGACGCAGUAUCCCGUCUUUCCUUGGGUGCUUGCAGAUUACUCGAGUGAAGAGCUGGAUCUGAACGAUCCCAAGUCGUUUCGAGAUCUGUCCAAGCCGAUGGGAUGUCAGACUCGAGGGCGUGCGACAGAGUACAAGACGAGGUACAAGGAGUUUGAAGGCGGCCCAGACCCUCCAUUCCACUACGGCACACACUACUCCUCGGCGAUGAUUGUGGCAUCGUAUCUCAUUCGCCUGCAGCCCUUUGUUCAAUCGUAUCUCCUGCUUCAAGGAGGGACGUUCGAUCACGCUGACCGACUGUUUGAUUCAAUCGAAAAGGCCUGGCUGUCUGCUUCACGCGAUACCAUGGGCGACGUGCGUGAGCUCAUUCCGGAAUUCUUCUACCUACCGGAAUUCCUCGUCAAUGUCAACGGCUACGAUUUUGGCAUGAAACAAGCUGGGGAUGAGGCUGUAAAUCACGUCAAACUACCGCCGUGGGCCAAAGGCGACCCUUUCGUUUUCGUGUCCAAGCAUCGCGAGGCGCUCGAGAGCCCGUACGUCAGUGAACACCUGCACAAGUGGAUUGAUCUGGUCUUUGGCUUCAAACAGCGGGGAGAAGCUGCGGUGGAAGCUACGAAUGUGUUUUCUCAUCUGACGUACCAAGGCGCGAAGGAUCUGGAUACGAUUGAUGAUCCAGUUGAACGCCUCGCGAGCAUCACUGCUAUUCACUCGUUUGGUCAGACUCCACAUCAGGUCUUUCUCAAAUCACAUCCCUCGCGAGAGCUGGAAAAAUCGGCUCCUGCACGACUCGACGCAUUAGUCGAAUCCCUGGCCCGACUACCAGACCCGGUACUCCACAGCGACGAGCAGAUCUCAAGCCUCGCCUUCUCGCCUACCCAAGAACGACUCUUGCAUUCCGGCCCUCACAAGAUCCACUUGCUCCCACACGGCGAACGAUACAUGGAAAUCGGCUUCGCAGACAACAGCAUCCGCUUCUUCUCCGCGCAUACCCGCCGGCUCCUCGGCCUGUACGAAAACACGCACAUCGGCCCCAUCACCGCAACGACGCUCGUCGACAGCAAAAUCCUCGCAACGGGCGGAGCAGACUGCACAAUCGGGAUCUGGAACAUCCACGCCUCGCGCGACCACAUCGAUCUCCAGCCCAAACAAUACCUCUUCGGCCACCGCACGCCAAUCACAAUCCUGACCGCCAGCCGCAUGUUCAGCACCCUCCUCUCCGCCUCGGCAGACGGCCACGUCCUCCUCUGGGGCCUCAACAGGUACCACUGCAUCCGCGUGCUGCACCCCGCCGGCCAACCCGCAAUCCGCGCAGCGAGCAUCAGCAAUGCCAGCGGCCACAUUCUCCUCUGCGAAGACUCGCAUCUCCUUCUGUACACGCUGAACGGACACCUCUUGACGAGGCAGAAGGUGUGCGAGAGUGAGGACGAGCGCCUCCUCUGCUGCGCUUUUUACGAAGGCGCGGGGAACGAGUGGGUGUCGCGCGAACUCAUCGUCACGGGGCAUGCGGGGGGAGUGGCGAAUGUGUGGGCGCUGACGACGCUGAUUGAUGGCAGUUGGUAUUUGCAGCUGGUGAGGAGGUUGAGUCAUGCGGCUGAGGGGAGGGGAGAUGAGGAUGAGGGAGGCUUUGUCGCCGGCAUCACGGCUGUGCUGCCGAGGCCGAAUGCCAUUUACACGGGAGAUGAGGAGGGGAGAGUGUGGGAGUGGGAUUGCGUUGCAAAGGAGAGAAGUGGCGGAAGUGGGUGGAGGUGA